AUGGCAACAACAUUUGUCACAGAGUCGAAAGGCCCGGUGGCGGCCUCGGAUAGUGACGCCCAAGAGGAUGCCGCUGAACAGGUGGAUGGGGGAAUUCGCGCCUGGACCGUCGUCAUAGGAGCUUGGUGCUGUCUAUUUUGCGCCUUUGGUUGGGUCAAUGAGGCCCAGGAGGAUGGCGUGAGCCGCGACAUAGCUGGUUACUUGUUGACUAUCCUUAAUGCCGCCAGUCUUCCAGGUCGAAUUCUACCAGGCUACCUCGGAGACAAAUUGGGUCGAUUCAAUGUUAUGAUCGCUAUGUGUUCAUUGUCUGCAAUUGUGAUUCUCGCCCUAUGGCUUCCAGGUACUCUUCUCGCACCGGGGAGUGCGACCAUCUACAUUGUCUUUAGCAUGCUUUACGGGUUUGCAUCGGGUGCGUUUGUCGGCAUGGUGCCUGCCCUACUGGGUCAAAUCUCACCCGACGUGACCAAGAUUGGUGUUCGCCAGGGAGUUUUGUUCACUUGCAUCAGUAUCGCAUCGCUCACCGGAAGCCCCAUUGCUGGAGCGAUUUUGAGUCGACAAAACGAGACAUAUUGGGGAUUACAGGUAUGGGCGGGUGCAAUGAUGAUGGCAAGCGUAUUUUUCUUCACUAUGGCGAGAGUAGUUCUUGGAGGGCUGUCUAUCGCGAAAAAAGUUUGA